CCCGCCCUGGCCCCAGGCCCCGCCCCGGUCCUGCCGCCCCGCCCACUCCCCUCCGCCGGGCCCGAGCCCCGGGGGCAGCCGCCGCCGCCCGAGCGCCCGCCAUGCCCGUCGCCCCCGCCGCCCCGCUGCUUCAGCUGCUGCUCCUGCUGGGGCCGUGGCUCCAGGCUGCGGGCGUCGUGGAGCCGCCGCUGCCCGCCGUGGUCCUUACCAUCCUGGCCCGCAAUGCCGAACACUCACUGCCCCACUACCUGGGCGCGCUGGAGCGGCUGGACUACCCCCGGGCCAGGCUGGCCCUCUGGUGUGCCACGGACCACAACACGGACAACACCACGCAGAUGCUGCAGGAGUGGCUGGCCGCUGUGGGUGACCACUACGCGGCUGUGGUCUGGAGGCCCGAGGGGGAGCCCAGGUCCUACCCAGACGAAGAGGGGCCCAAGCACUGGACCAGAGAAAGGCACCAGUUUCUGAUGGAGUUGAAACAGGAAGCCCUGACCUUUGCCAGGGACUGGGGGGCUGACUACAUCCUGUUUGCAGAUACAGACAACAUUCUGACCAACAACCAGACGCUGAGGCUUCUGAUAGAGCAGGGGCUGCCCGUGGUGGCCCCGAUGCUGGACUCCCAGACCUACUACUCCAAUUUCUGGUGUGGGAUCACGCCCCAGGGCUACUACCGCCGCACAGCCGACUACUUCCCCACCAAGAACCGCCGGCGCCGGGGCUGCUUCCAGGUCCCCAUGGUCCAUUCCACCUUCCUGGUGUCCUUGCGGGCUAACGGGACAGCCCAGCUCGCCUUCUACCCCCCUCAUCCCAACUACACCUGGCCUUUCGACGAUAUCAUCGUCUUCGCCUAUGCCUGCCAGGCCGCUGGGGUUACAGUCCAUGUGUGUAAUGCACAUCGUUACGGGUACAUGAAUGUGCCCGUGAAAUCCCACCAGGGCCUGGAGGAUGAGAGGGUCAACUUCAUCCACCUGAUCUUGGAAGCCCUAGUGGACGGGCCCCCCAUGUGGGCCUCAGCGCAUGUGUCCCGGCCCCCCAAACGACCCAGCAAGAUGGGGUUUGAUGAGGUGUUUGUCAUCAGCCUGGCCCGCCGGCCCGACCGCCGUGAGCGCAUGCUAAGCUCGCUCUGGGAGAUGGAGAUUUCUGGGCGGGUGGUGGAUGCUGUGGACGGCCGGACACUCAACACCAGUAUCAUGAGGAGCCUCGGCGUGGACCUGCUCCCUGGCUACCAGGACCCCUACUCGGGCCGCACACUGACCAAGGGCGAGGUGGGCUGUUUUCUCAGCCACUACUCCAUCUGGGAGGAGGUGGUUGCCAGGGGCCUGGCCCAGGUCCUGGUGUUUGAGGACGACGUGCGCUUUGAGAGCAACUUCAGGGGGCGACUGGAGCGGCUGAUGGAGGAGGUGGAGGCAGAGAAGUUGCCAUGGGACCUAAUCUACCUGGGCCGGAAGCAGGUGAACCCCGAGGAGGAGGCCGCCGUGGAUGGGCUGCCACAUCUGGUGGUGGCCGGAUACUCCUACUGGACCCUGGCCUAUGUCUUGAGUCUGGCCGGUGCUCGCAAGCUGCUGGCCUCCCAACCCCUGCGCCGAAUGCUGCCUGUGGACGAGUUCCUGCCCAUCAUGUUUGACCGGCACCCCAAUGAGCACUACAAGGCGCACUUCUGGCCGAGGGACCUGCAUGCCUUCUCCGCCCGGCCCUUGCUCGCUGCCCCCACCCACUAUGCAGGGGACGCUGAGUGGCUCAGCGACACGGAGACAUCCUCGCCCUGGGACGAUGACAGCGGCCGCAUCAUCAGCUGGAGUGGCUCUCACAAGACGCUGCGUGGCCCCCGCCUGGACCUGGCUGGCAGCAGUGGGCACAGCCUCCACCCCCGGGAUGAGCUCUAGGGCCAGGCGGUGACUCCAGAGGAAUGGCCAGGAGCAGGCUGUAGCUGGCCAGGGAGGAGGUUGGAAAUAGCUGCAGGAACCACCAUCAAGAGCCACAGACCCCACAGAGACCCGACUGUCACCUUAGCCAUGGCCACUCUGCCCUCUGGCCCCGUCUGGCAUCAGGAGAGACCACUCUGAGAUGGGUCCCCUUCCCUGAAGGUCGUGUAGAGAAAAGGCAGGGCUCACAGGCCCUCUCACCCUGCCCGGCCUGACUCAGGGCCUGGGGUGGAGGGAGGGAGGGGGGCACCCCAGCCUUUGGUUUCAAGCUGGACGGACACCAGGAGCCCUGCCCUCUCCGCGGACCCAACUGCUGGGGCCCCUCCACCACCUUCUACCUCCACCUCAGCCCCCUCCCCACUCGACACCUGGGUCUCAGCUGCCUGGGCCCAUCCUCUCCCCCUGGCCACUGGGAAGUGCAGGGAAGUGGGAGGAGGGCCCUGGCAGACCUGGUGCCCAGCACAUAGUAAGCCCUCAGUAAAAGCCAGCUGGUAUUUGCACUUUAUAUUUUUAACUCCUGGAGGAGCCUCUUUCUGUGUCACGAGGACUGGGAGUGAAGGGCUCCUGAUCUAUGGAUGAGCCCUUGGAGAGACAGAGAGGGGAGGGCAGCCUGGGGGAGGAGUCAGGCCGACCUGGCAUCACCAUCUCCUUGCUAGGUGAUCUUGGAUGGAUGCCAUCCCUCCCUGGGUCUUGGUCUGCUUGGUGGUGAAGUUUUCGAGGAAGAGAAGCAUGUCAGGGGCUAGGUGGGUAUAGAAUGGCCUGGCCCAGAGCCCAGCCCACAAUAAAUGCUCACCCACUGGGGCUGUCCUGGGCAUCACCAGCCUCACCUUGCUGGGUAGGGUGGGCCCAGACCCAGGGCUGCUGAGCCUCCUCCUCUUUGAAUCUUCACUUGUGAGGGUGCAACCCUUCGCUGGAGGGAGACGGGGUAGAUGGAUGCAAGGCUCCCCUCUGGCCCUAACCCAUGUGGCCACCAGAGGGCGAAAGAAAGCAGAACAUGGACCUUGUGGGCCGGGGCGCCUUCUGCUGGUGUGGGACCGCAAGGGGAAAGGGAGCCUCGGGCGUUUGGAAUGAGCCCCCUGUGCUGGUGGGCUACCUACAGCAGCUUCACGUUCUCCGGCUCUCUUGCUGGGGACCUGCUGGUCUUCCCUCUCCAUCCCCCCUCCAUUGGGUUCGGCUUCUGGGCCCAGUUACUGUCUUCCAAUGCCUGAACUCAGGCAGCUGGAGGGCGUAGGGAGGUGGCUCCUGGCCUUGGCCUCCACCGGCACAAGACUGUGGCACCGGCAUGUCUAGGCUUCCUUCUUCAGAGGAGCCCCAUCCCAGGGCAGCUCCUUGACUUGGUUGCACAAGACCCAGGGUCCUGGCAGAGUCGGACAGGCACCCCCUGAGGCUGGGAUAUCCCUUGCUUCUGUCCUGGGGAUGAGGUCCUGCUGGCCUGGCUUUGGUCCCAGGACCUGGCACGGCUGGGAGAAGGACUUCGGGUCAAAGGUAUUGGACGGGUGCUUUGUUAGUUCCAAGAGCGAAGAGCCAUUGAUUCCAGAUGGCGAUGACCUUGUGCAAGGUCUUCUCUCUAGGCUUCCGGUGUCCCCUUCACUCAUUAAAACCAUUUAUUGAGCCCGUCCUAUGGGCCAGGUUUAGGCAUUAGGGAUACAGCAGUGAAUAAAAGUGCCCCCCAAAUCCCUGACCUGGUGCAGCUGACAUUCUAGGAGGGAGAUAGACAGAAAUAAAUAAGCAAAUAUUAGAGUGGUAGAUGCUAAAGAGCCAAAUGAGGAAGGAGACAUCAAGUAUGGUUUGAGAAGUUAACAUCUGAACAAAGUCUUGGAGGUGAGGGGGUAGGCUGUGGGGAUAACUGAAGGAAGCCCAUUCCAGACCAAGGGAACAGCACAUGCAAAGGUCCUGAGGCAGGAGCAGGACUGGCGGGUUCAAAAGACAGCAAGGAGGGUGCCUGGGUGGCUCAGUUGGUUAAGCGACUGCCUUCGGCUCAGGUCAUGAUCCUGGAGUCCCAGGAUCGAGUCCCGCAUCAGGCUCCCUGCUCAGCAGGGAGUCUGCUUCUCCCUCUGACCCUCCCCCCUCAUGUGUUCUCUCUCUCUCAAAUAAAUAAAUAAAAUCUUAAAAAAAAAAAAAAAAAGACAGCAAGGAGGCCAGUGUGGCCGGAGCCGAGUGAGCAAGGCCUGGAGGGCGAGGAGAUAGAUGAUGGAGCCAAGGUCAGGGCCGGAGCAACGAGGGCCUUGGAGGACAUUCUGUCUUUUACUCUGGAACGGGUAGCCCCCAGAGAGUUUGAGGCCGAGAAAUGACUUGAUCUAAGUUAUUUUAACAUGAGCACUCUGGCUAUAGUACUGAGAAUAAACUGUAGGUCAGCCCAGGGGAGAGAAGGAGAGAAGUUAGGAACCCAUUGUAAUAAUCCAGGUGAGACAAUGGUGCCCCAGAGCAGGGUGUUCGCUGGCAGCGGGGCAGUGAGAAGGCAGGGCCGACAGAAUUUCUAGAGCAGGACAGGAGGCUUUGCAGAUGCUGGCCCCGCCACCCAGAGCCUCCCUGCGCUGCCCAGCUAUGGUCAACCCCACUGUACUCUUGAGCUGCUGGGCAGCACCGCCUUCCAGUUGUUUGUAGACAAAGUUCCCAAGACAGCAGCAAACUUGCGUGCUCCGAGGACUGGGGAGGAAGGGUUUGGCUCCUGCUUUCCCAGAAGGAUUCGCGGAUUUCUGUGCCAGGGCGGUGACGACCCAUGCCAUGAAGGUACUGGGGGCAAGUCCAUCCACAGGGAGAAGUUUGAUGAUGAGAAUUUUUAACCCAAAGCACACGGGUCCUGGCAUCUGGUCCAUGGUCAAUGCUGGGCCCAACACAAAUGGUGCCCAGUUUGUCAUCUGGGCUGCCAAGCCCGAGUGGCUGGAUGGUGAGCCUGUGGUCUUUGGCAAGGUGAAAGAGGACACAGACACCGUGGAUCGCUCCGGAUCCAGGAAUGGCAAGACCAGCCAGGUCACCAGGAUUGUCUCCGGACAGCGCUAAUAAACUGGCUUGUGCUUUAUCUCGGGAGGGCACCCCUCUCCCCAUCUGCCCGCAGAGUCCUAUGGUCUUCGUGCUCUCACAAUAGAUCUCUGGGUUCCACAUGUUCCUUAUCCCCCUCCCAGUCCAGCUGGACAUAAGAGUUAAGUUGUGAAAUAAAAACUAAAUGACAAGACAAAAAAAAAAAAAAAAAAGAGGAAUGGAGGAUGAUGUCAAAGUUUGUGGCCUCAAAUUCUGGAGGAAUGGAGCUGCCAUCAGUUGAAAUGGAGAAGACUAUGGGUGGGGCUGGUGAGGAUCCGGGGGCAGAGGGCAGGUGGACGUUGAUGUAUGAGCCUGGGAUUCAGGGUUCAAGUCUGGGCAGGAGAUAGAAGCUUGGAAUCCUGUCCUGACCCAGAAGCCUUGGCCCCAAACCACACACUGCAAACCACCCCGCCGCCCCGUUACCUGGGGAGCUUGUUAAAAUGCAAAUUACUGGGGUGCCUGGGUGGCUCAGUUGGUUGGGCGACUGCCUUCGGCUCGGGUCAUGAUCCUGGAGUCCCGGGAUCGAGUCCCGC